AUGGAUUCAUAUGACGGUUACGGGUCCCCCGGCAGAAGUCGAGAGGGAGGCGGCGACCCUUACGCUUCUAGGGCACCGGUGGAUUCAUACCGUCGCAGAUCGCCUGUGUCUCAGGAUCGACGUCGAGGACGCGGACGUUCUCGCUCACCCGUUAUGAUUGAUCGUUACGAACCUUCCGAUCGCCGUACUUCGCGAGACGAUUACUAUGCUGCUUCUCGGGAGCACGCCGUGCGUGACCGUGAGGACCGCCGGCGCGCUCCUUCUCCAAAUGUCGCCAAUAUUGAUCGCUAUGUCCCUGGACAAGAUUCUGUCAAGCGCCCUAUUCCCACCAAUCCGCUCCCCAACCCACUGAACUUGGACUUCCAGGUGGGAUUCAAUUGGUUCGCGGAAUGGUGGCGAGCAGAACAAUCAAUCAAAGAAGAAAAAGAUCGCGCCAAGCAUGGCGGGCGACGUCCAUCCGACCGCGUCAAAGGAGAGCGCGAGGCUCGUGAAGACCGGGAAAGAGAAAGAGCACAGAUCCAAGCGGCUUACGAUGCAUACAAGGUGGAUCUUCAGGCAAAAAUGGCCCGUGCGUUUGUCCAACAUCAUCGGAAUGAGGAAUGGUUCAGAGAGCGUUAUGUCCCCGAUGUUAGGGAUCCUCUUCGUCGUCGACUGAUGGAUUUUCGAGCGGGUGCCUAUCAGCAAUGGGAGAGUGACUUAGACAGUGGGCUUUUCGACGAGUUCACCCUUGAAGGCAUAUACAAGAGUGAGAGUGAUGGUGCAGGCGGAGUGAUCGAGAAGGAGGAAGGCGAGACUACCGCGGUUGGUGAAACCUUGGGUGUCUUGGAUUUGCUCCCAGCAAGAGGUGGAGAUCUGCGCGAUGAGGCCCUUUCCCAGUCCGCCCUAUUGAUCAAGACUUUGGCACCCAACGUUAGCCGUGACAAGAUUGAAGAUUUUUGUAAGGAGCAUCUGGGAGAGCAGGAUGGCGGAUUUAAGUGGCUUAGUCUUAGCGAUCCCAAUCCUUCCAAGAAAUACCAUCGGAUGGGGUGGAUUAUGCUGCAUCCUGCCCCUGAUGUUGAGGUUGUCGAGCGAGGAGACGGGCGAGAAGAAGAGGGUGAGGAGAUGGAGCAUGACAACACGGCCAACGGAGCAGUGACUGUUACUGCUGCCGAGAAGGCGCUUGAGGCAAUCAACGACAAGACAAUCCAUGAUCCUGUUCAUGGGGACUUUGUCUGCCACGUGGGGGUUCACGUACCGCCUUCUCAACCCCGCAAAAAGGCCCUGUGGGAUCUGUUCUCUGCUCCAGAGCGCAUCUCGCGUGACCUUGAACUGGCAAGAAGACUGGUGUCGAAGCUCGAUUCCGAAAUGGGAGGCAGUGCAGACGGUUUUGCCAAGAUUGAAGAACGAGUGGAGGAAUUGCGCGGCAAGGGGUGGCUUCAACCGCCUGUGACAGGGCCUGUCAGCGUCAAGAAGAGGAAACCCGACUAUGAUGCUGAUGAUAUGGAUGAGGGAGAAGCGGAAGAGGGUGAGGAACAGGAAGGAUGGGAAGAUGACGAACUCGAUGAUGAGGAGCUUUUGGCCAACAAGAAGAAAUUGGAUCUCAUGGUGGAAUACCUUCGCAGGGUAUACAAUUUCUGUUUCUUCUGUGUCUUCGAAAGCGAUUCUGUGCAUGAGCUUGCUCGGAAAUGUCCCGGUGGACAUCUGCGUCGGCCGCGGGCUGGUCUUACAACACAGUCGAAGGCUGUGGCCCGAGCCAGCGCUCUCGGACAGCCAUUCCCUGUCAAGAAGAAAGAGCCAAGUGAGGAGGGUGAAGAAGCGCCAGCAGCUGCCGAGGAAAAGCGACCGCAGCGCUUCAGUUCCAAGUCGGAACAACAGCUUCAGCGUGCGUUUAACUGGGUCAAAACAUUUGAGGACAAGCUCUUGCAGAUACUCGAGCCAGAUAAUGUGGAUAUUGGGAAGCUGGGUGGUAAGCCCGUUGAGGAAGCUCUGGAGGAGGAGCUGGGAAAAUAUGUCAAACAGGAGGAUGAGUCAAAGUUCCGCUGCAAAGUACCUGAAUGCACAAAGCUGUUCAAGGCGGAGCAUUUCUGGCGUAAGCACAUCGAAAAGCGCCAUACCGAAUGGUUCGAUAACAUCCGCAGUGAUCUUUCUUUGGUCAACGCCUACGUCCUUGAUCCUGCUCGAAUCGCACCUUCGCGGUCCGAUGCCAACAGCAACGGCCAUUUCCCCCUUAGCUCUGGCCAAGGCCAAACUGGCACACCGCGUGGGUUCAGCCUAGCAUCAAUGCCGGCAUACCUUGGAGGUAGUGGAAGUGUGCCUCCAGGCUUCCAAGGUGUCCCAGGAUCUGGACUACCCGGGUUCAUGGGCGUCAACAGCCAAAGCUGGGGUGCCAAUGGCAUGGUGUCUGCAGAUGGCUCUGGUUUGCAUCAACCGGGUGCCAUGCGCCGUGGUGGUGGUCGUUACAACAACCGGACGGGACCCUAUGACCGACGUGGAAAUCGGCAUGGCACUUCCGGCACUGGGAGUGGCCGCCUGAGCCCCAUCCGUGGCAUGUCCAACAUGUAUGGGUCUGGCGGUCGUCUGCCCGCCAGUUCUGGACCUCCAUACAUCCCCCCUGGCCACCCUGCCGCCGCCUUGAUGGGGGCAAGCGGCUUCGUUGAUGCCGGUUCCGCUCAACAGGGUAUGGGCCCGCGCGAAGCCGUCCAUGGCCGCAGCCUCAAGAGCUAUGAGGAUCUUGAUGCAGUGGGUGGGUCCGGAAGUGGUGAGCUGAAUUAUUAG